AUGGGUGAAAUAUUAAUUUUAAAGUCAAUUAAUGGACGUCAAUUAACAGAUGCUUUAGUUAAUUCAUGGUUUGAUGCAAAUGAAAUGUUUGUAACUAAAACAAUUUUUUCUCAUGAUCGAUAUUCAGUUGAAGUUACAUUUAUUGAUGAAGACAGAGCUGAUAUGAUGUCUGAUCUACUAUCUACUUGUUAUGGUGAUUUAAUAUCCGUAGAACGUCCACAAACAUUAAUGACACCAUUAAAUACUUCAUUUGAUGAUGAACGUGUACCAUCACCUGCUCCAUCCGUAUGUUCAGUUUCAUCGAAAGUUUCGUGUUUUUCUCAACGACUUAUUUCAUCAGAUAAGAAACGAAAUGAUGAUAAUGAUAAAAUAAAACUUGCAGUAGGUCGUGGACGUGGAAUCGAUACAAAUCUAUCACAGAUGGACAAAUUUACAAUAAAAAACACAAACAAUGGUGUUGAUGAUGAUACUCAUUCAGUAGCAUCAUCAGGAUUUGGACGUGGACGUGGUUCUACUUUGAAAUAA